UUAAACUAUAAGAGAAAAAAAAAAAUCUAAAAGUGAAAUUAAAAAUAAUGCUGUUUUAUUUAUUAAUAUAAUAAAGAAUUAAAUGCUUUAAGAAAAUUUAAAAUUUGAUGAUGUCUUUUUAAAUUAAAGAUAUGAUAAAAAAAGUUUAGAUUAGGUAUUGUUAAAAAAACUUAAUAUUGAUAGUUAUAAAAAGUAAGAGAUUUUUGAUGAUUUUUUUAUGUUUUUUUUUGAUAAAAACGACUAGAUGUUUGAUUGUGAGAAGUUUGAAAAUUUCUAUAAUGAAAUUUAGUAAAAAGUAUUCGAUUCUUUGUAUUAGUUUCUUGAUAAUAAUUAUAAAUAGUUUAUUAAAAAGUGCAAAUAAGUUGAUAAAUAGGAAAUUACAUCUAAUUAAUUUUUAGAUAUAUUAAAAGAACUUGAUUAUGAAGAAAAAAUAAAUAAAUAUGAAAUAGAAUAUUUUUGCAAUUAAAAAUAUGUUUUUAAAGAUCGAAAAUAUAUAGAAUUUAAGAAAUUGAUUUAAACAAUAUCCAAGAAAUAUAAAAAAGAGAAAGAGAAAAAAAAAGAAGAUGAAAAAGAAAAAAAACGGGAAAAAACUAAAUCAAAAGAACUUGAAAAUAAUAAAAAUACUAAAAAUAAAUUUAUUAAAAAUAAAAAGAAAAAAAAAAUAUAAAAAAACAUAAUCGAAAACACUACAAAAAUUAUCAUUAAAGAUAUUGAAAAUUUCAUGGAUUAAAAAAAUGUUGGAAUUCGUUAUAUUUUUAAAAAGUUUGAUAAAGACAAUGAUGAGUUUAUUUCUUUUUAAGAAUUCGAAAAUUCUUUAUAGGAUUUUAAGUUUUUUCCUUCAUUAAAAGAAUAUUCAUCUUCUAUUUUAAAUGAUAUUAUUGAAUCUGUAUUUGAAGAAUUUGACUAAGAUUAAGAAAUGAGAAUUACUUUAAAUAAUUUUAUUAAAAUAAUUUAAAAAGAUAUUCCAUAUAAAGUUGAUAUUAUACCAUUAUUAAAUAAAUUAAAAUCAAAUAUUGAGGGAAAUUCAGAAUAAGUAUUAUUAACGAAAUUUAAUGAAAUAGAUAUAAAUAAGGAUUAAUAAUUAAGUUUUGAAGAAUUUAAAAGAUACGUAAAAGAUUUAACAAAAAAUAAAACAAACGACUAAGAAAUUGAAGCUUUAUUUAAUUAUUUUGUUUAAGAAAAGACUGAUAAUUUUAUAUUAUUUCCUCGUUUUUAAAGUGUCAUAUUAUAAAAUCAUAUGAAUUUCGAAAAAAUCCGUGCAAAAAUACUAGAAUAUUAAGAAAAGAACGAAAAGUCUUUAAAAACAAUAUAUAAUUAAUAUUCAUCAAAUAGUUCAAUAAAUAUAAAUUCACUUUCU